AUGACACCCAGCGGCCUCGAUCCUCUCUCUCCAAAGCCUCCUCCGCCCCUGCCUCCCCCUCUGUUUGUGGAUGGCUACUUUCCUCGACAACCUUGUCCUCCAAUGGCCGCGGACAACGAUGACCGGGUGGAUCAAUUGAUCCACCAGCUCGAAGCAGACCGCAAGGUUUUCGACAAGCUCAUCGACACUCUUAGUCAGGCGUUAAAGUCACAGCCGGACCGGAACGAUCCUCGCCAUACCGAAACGUCUCUCCCGUCUGCUGCCUCUACAUCGUCUCUGCUAGGGUCUGACGUUGCUCGACAGCCUCAACAACCCAAAAGACGGACGACCAGCCUAACGAGUCAUUCGGUCCUAAGCCGCCACGUCCUCGAGCAACACAGCCACUCCCACCAACCCAAGGAUUCAAUAUACACCGGAGACGGCAGUUCUGACAGCGACGACGACGAAUCAUUCUUCGCCCAGGAGACAUUGCCGCCACAGGACUUCUCAGAGAGUGAUCUUAUCGAGCACCUGAAAAUACAUUCAUGGGAUAUUUACAGCAAAUACAUCCUCCAGGACCUUCUCCGAAAUAUUGACUUGCUCUCCGUUGGCAUAUUCGUCAAGGACAGGCACCAUCAGACAGAUGCUAAUCACCAACAUGCUGACAUCUACCACGUUGGCACUGAUGGCGCUCCUGUACGUUUAUCCCGGGGUGAUUCGGAUGAAGGCCCGCUGGCCUCCUGGGAAGCCUUGAAGAGCAUCAACAGCAAUGCCUCCAGAAAGCAGGCCGUAGGCCGUAUCAUCAUUGUGCGAGAGCCCGCGUCGAGCCUCUUUGCUGCGCUGCACCUCACCAUGAACGAAUACUUCGACAUGGACUCGAUCUACCGAAUUUUGAUUGAUGACCACACCCCGAGUAAAGCAAUCACCAAGGGCUACCUGAAGAAGGACCCGCGCCGGCAACGAUCGAUUGUGUUUGUCUUCAAAUAUCACACUAUUGUGGGAGAAGGACGGGCUCCCCUUCACUGGCAGAGCCACGAUGACGACCUGGAUUCUUCCGAAGACCACAUUCCGCUGACGACGUGUUCCUCCGUCGUCGGCCUAUCGCUGGCAGGGAAUCCUGCUUACACGCUGCGGCGGAAUUCCAGAAAGAGCAAGUCGGUACUUGGGAACGUCUACGACCCCUUCGCACCAUGGCAUGUGCUGUCGAUACAGUGCUUUCCGGACUGGAACUCGAGCGUGGACGCACAUGAGCACAAUCAUCACUACUGUAACGGGCCCGACGCGUUCCUGGCCACUCUCUUGUCCGAGUACCGAGACGCAAUUAAGCGGUUCAAGGUGGUGCACAAGAAGAUUCAAGGGCUAGCAACACCGCCAAAUAGGAGCAUUUUCGACAGUGCCUUGCGAGACGAACUGCUGUUUGAGAACAACAGAUUCACCUAUUCACGUCGCUACUUCUGGGCUUCGCAAACACUGGGGCUGUUAAGCAACGAAAUAAGAGACAUCAUCGCAACUUACAACGACACCUUCACAGAUGAGUUCUGGUCUGGAGAACACAAGACGCUCUUUCCGGGCACAAGGGACCAGUCGCCGCGCUACAACAACUGGAGGAAGAAGCUGAUCCAUACUCGGAGACAGUUUGAGAAACAGAUUGCUCAACUGGAGGAGGUCUUCAAGACGUUCCAGGACCAACAAAAGCAGAUUAAGAAUCUUCGCGAAUGGUUGUUUUCUGGGACCUCCGUCCUCGAAAGCAGAGAAGCUGUCAGCAUGGCCAAGAUCACGGUCGAACAAGGGUAUAACAUCCGGCUCUUGACGCUGGUCACGCUGUUCUACCUUCCACUGAGCUACGUGACGGGUAUCUACGGCAUGACAAACAUGCCUCCCGAGGACGGGUUUCUACCGUUCGCGCUAACCACAGUGGGGAUCUGCGUACCCACGUACCUACUCAUCCUCAUCGUCAACAAUCCCGAAACCUUCAGAAAGCUGUUGACCCACGUCGGGCUGUUCUUCACCAGAAUUGCGGCGAUCCCAGCACCCAAGAGGUCCGAAAAGCUCAGGGAGAAGAUCCUCGAGCACAAGAUGCCGCAUCUGGAAGUCCAACCUGAAAUGCACAAGUCUGCCACGUUUGCCAGCUUAGAAGGGAGGUUAUCACAGGACUUGACCCACGAGCCUUCACUGCGCGGAUCGCAAGGUUUCAUGCAAGCUACUCGACGAAUGUCCCAGACCAUCACGAAUCAUCUGCAGGGCGCAAGCGGAAGACAUUCUUCGCAGGCAGCGACCCGCAUGCCGCCUAGGUUGUCUACGUCCCAAAACGGGUUGGCAGGAGAUCGUCUGCGGUCCAGCACCAUAAAAUUCGAAGAGCCAUUCUCAAGCCCGACAAAAUGGCGCACGGAGGAGUUGCAGAUAACUACGGUUCGGGAUUUGGAAAAGACUAAUUCCAACAUUUCCGCAAUCUCACCAACCGAAAGCCCUGCUCUGCCAGCAGUUAUUCUUACCACCCCGAAUGGAUCGCCAUUGCCGUCCCCGCCGCAGAAGGGCCUGCUACGGCCGCCGGACUCGCGGCGAGAAAGAAGUCUCAGCCCUUUGGGUGGAGGUGGCGCAAGGUCGCUCUUCGGUAGACUUGGCGGCCGACUGUCGUCGGCUCUGCCGUCGCCAAAGUCGUCGGAGCCAGGAAGUCCCAGGGAGACAGUAUAA